ACCCUCUCAUCGUCGUAAUGGAGUUUAUAUGGAUGUGCUACCCUUGUUUCGUCUUCUACUUCACGACCAUGUAACUUUCAUCUCUCUACCACUGCUGCUGAUGCUGUUGUUGUUGUAGUUGUUGUUGCUUUUGUUGUGUCCAACCAGCUCCAGCGCACUCUCCCUCUUCCUCCAUCGUCUGUCUGCCUGUCUGCCUGCUUUUUUUUACUGCCAAUGCUGCACUCGCUGCCUCGUCAUGCUCUGUCUGUGAUGCCUCCUCUACCAUGACCACGACCACGACGUCGAUGCUGCUUCAGGAUCAGGAGCAGGGAAGUGUGGAGGCCACGGUGCAGGUGAAGGAUAGCAUCGUCACCGGAGCAGUGUAGGCGGGGGUAAUGAGAAGCGAUCAAAGGCUGUGGGAAGUACGUAGGCUGAAGAAUCGUAUGGUGUUCGCAAUCUAAGAGACUCUCCUGAGGAUGCAAAGUAGUGACCAGACAAUCGUCGAUGAUUGAUUCUGGUGUCAGGGGAGGGGAAGAGUGGCAGCAGGAAUGGAUGGAUACGCAAGCAAGGUGAUUCGGAGAACGUACAGGGAGGUGCUGUGGCGUGACAUCAAGAAGAUUAGGUGAGAGGUUCUUGUCGCUGUGCUGUUUGCUGCUGUGCGCCACGCGCUGGGGCUGUGGACUGAGCUUGGUUUUGAAAUGCGUCCCCUAGAGCUUGCCGGGCAUCGGCUUUUUACGCGCAGGUGGUGCCAGGAGAGAGGAGAGACGUCGUACAGAGGCUUCAGUGCUCACUGAGCGAGCAUCUUUCUUAUUGUACUGGCGAGUCAAGGCUACUCAGGCAACCACCAUCCGGAUAAAACUGCAAAAGCGCAACAUGGAGGGGCAUGGAGGCUAUGGAGCAAGGGACAAGCUCCUUCAAUUGGACAGAGUGAACGAUUGUGGUGCAGGAAGAUGGAGUAAAGUAUAGUUGCGCAGACCAUGAUCACCUGCAGUUUGCGAGGGUGGUCUUCGAUUGAAUCUUGCUUGGUGAAUGUGAAGCACGCCUUUAGAAUUUGACGCCACUGCAACAACUUGGUGGAAGCCACUUCGGAGGCCAAGAUGAAGCCACCUGCGCCCGUGGAUUGAACGGCCUCAACUAUCACAAGUGAAGGUUUAAGUUGCGUCGCCAGAAAAUUGUACGAAACGACAUUAGGAAAAUAAUAAAAAGAAAAAGAAACAAACCAGCAAGCCAGCAUCAAUUGGUUUCUGAAGCUCAAAUCCCGACCGGAUGGAAUGGUGGUCUCGAGACAGGUGCAGGAGCAAUGUGAAGCUGAGAGCGGGAAUUGAAAUGAUGGGUGACGGUGGAUUGAUUCCAGUUUCGUUAGUGCAGAGACAGUGUUCAAGUUCGUAACAGAAAAAGGGCAUGGCCGGGAGGCUCUGGAUUUGGGGUAAAGACUGCUGCAAAAUCAAAUCACACAUGAGGGAGAGAUGGAACAUGCUUGGUCAAUUAUUAUGGCAGUAUUAGCUGCAUCACUGCCAACCCUAUUCCUUGUGCUUUUCAUCUACUCAUAUGCUAGAAAAUUAUGGAGGAAGUAUUUUGUAACAGAGCCAGAACCGUUGCCUAUAGACAGGCGUGAUGCGGCACUCAAACGUAGCGCCCUCAUGGCCAGUUUCUGGCGGAGCAGCUUACCUUUGAGGGCCUUUCAAUGGAGCGAACACCCUUCGCAUGUGAUUACGGCUCUGGAGCAUGGAUGGGCCGCAUUUUCAUUUUCCUAUGCUACUUCUGCAAUGGGAGCCUUCGCAACUCCUGUGCACCAAAUGUGGGAGAUGUGUUGUUCUUGCUCGGCUAUGAAAUUCUGCGCACCAGAGAUCAGUUGGAUGUCAAACGGCACGGGGGAAUGCUUGCAACAAAUUCGUUUGAAUCCAGGAUUGCGAUCCAGCAAGGAUGGCUGUGUGCUGCCCGUGCAAGCACUACAAACAGCCCUACCUCUGCCUGGCCCUAUUCUCGGUCCCUGCCCUUACCCUCAAGAUGCUUAUUUUGAGCUUUGUAUUUUAGCUUCUGGAAACGAGUUGAGCUCAGAACACAGCUCUUUGGCUGGAAGUGAGCGGGUGAAGCUCAUUGCCCAAGCUUUGACAUCAGAUCGGUAUCAAAGAGGCCAGAGUUUGACAGAAUUUAAUGAUAUCGAGUUUUGUCGGAAGUUAGAUACUCAGCUGAAGGGCAAUGCAGAUUUGGACAACGAAAAAAACUUGAGCUCCAAACAUUUGACUGCACCUAAGAACGAGCAGGAAGGAGAUCUCGAACACUCAAGCGAAGUGGACCAAAUUGACUGGGAUGAACUCCUCUCAGUUGGCCUUGCAGGUGCAGAAGCUCCACCCUUUCGUCUUCUAGGCUUCGAUCCAGGCUCUGUCGGAUUUUUAUCGGCAGACGGCCAAUGCUAUGUCAAUGGUAUGCCACAUCUACAAGGCAAGGAUCUCGUGCCAACUAAAGGUCGACCGUGGGGAACAGUGAAGACAACAGUAGGAUGUGGAUUUGACCCUCGAGUGAAGAGAGUCUACUUCACCAUAAACGGUGAGCUGGUUCACGAAGCCCUGUUGAAGAGUGCUGAUUUCAGCAAUCCGCUCUACCCAACUAUAGCCAGCAACUAUGACGUGACAGUUUUGAUAAACCUAGGCCAGAAAUCAUUUGAGUAUGCCCCUGCAAACAUCACCAGAGUUGCAAACCCAUGCUGCCGUAUCCUACAGGCGAGACCCAGCAAGAAUGGUUCAUUCUUUGAUGAUGACCUGAGUUCUGACCUCUUCUCGAUGGGCAGGUUUGACUCCCAAUGGUUGUCAGACUUGGAGUAUACCAAUACUCAGGAACUCCAUCGCCAUGACCAUUCAGAAGCAGAAUCAGAUUUGUUUGAGAUUGUUUUAGAUGGGCAUAGUUUGAAAAGAUAGAACGCUUACCAGGUUUCCAGCGCCUCUUUCUAUACAAGUUGAAUAGUUGUGCAAAUACAAUCAUGAGUUACAUAAUAGUAACUUCUUAGUCACUAGCGUUGCCAAUUUAGGCAGCAUGUGAAUUUGUGAUUCGUCUCCAUACACGUUAUCUUCCGGAGCAAGCCUAAGUUUGCGCGUUGCAUGCAUCAGUGCUGUCUACUUUCACUCAGCUUCUUCCUCUUGCGGUACCUCUACUUGGUUUUAAGUCUUGAGCACCGUUGGAGGACCCUUAGGAGAAGGUUUCAAGUGAAGAAUUAUAAUCUCUGAUUCUGCUGCUCCGACGUCUGAACACUUUCCAACCCAUCCCCAGAUUUGGAAGAAAAGAAUACAAAUCGGAGUUGCAGUGACCAUAGAAUACGACCAUCCGUGUUGCUUCUGCAAAAUCGAAUCAGAGAGUAUCAAAGAGCGGGUCUGUAUUGCCGAACCCCUCAUUGAUGCUUCAGUCUUUUCUUAAGGUGACUCCCUGGCUUAUUGCUACCGUUUGUAAGUAGGGAUAAUACAAUAGGUACUUUCUGAAGGUACGUUUUAUUGUAUCACGACGCCCUAAAUGAAGUUUGUCUGUGAAGUUGAAACCUUGCAGCGUCUAAGUACGUUGUUCAAGUACCCAUCAGCAGAACCACGAUAAAUAUUUUUUCCUAGAGAUAUUCCGAGACACAUUACAUGUCUCGUGUCAUUUGAUUUUUAUGAUCCAAUCUUGGGUUCGCUGUCAGUUCUGGAAAGAUGGCCUGACCGGUCAACGCAAGUUCCAGUGUUUGUGAAGCAUCUCUUGUUUCCACUGUAUAUAAUUUUAAUUUAAGAAAAUGCAGUGUAAUUGCACAGGUCAACCUGUCGCAUUUCAGUCUGUCA